CUGAUUGUUUGAUCGCUCCCUCUCUCUCUCUUUCUCCGUGGCUAUUGGUCACGGGUGACAGCGGUAUAAAAACGAUGCAUCAACAUGAAGGCUCAGUAUUGUGUUGUAGCACCACUGGGUUUGGACUAGGCUGUGACUUACGUGAGGUUUGUGUGUUUUUGUGUGGAUAACUGUACAAGACGAAUAUUGACCGGCACUCUUCGCUUUCGCGGCCCGUCUGUUAAUAAGUUUUUCAGCCCGCUCAUAGACGGGCACACAGUCAUGUAGAGAGCAGAGAGUCGAAGACACCCAGGUCACUUUCUGCACAAAGAGACCCCCCUCCACUGUUCGGGCUGGACUGUACGGCAGCCCGCCCCCCGCGUCCCCCAGCCAUGUCAUCGCGCAUUGGCCUGCGCCUGCAGCUCAUGCGGGACCAGAUGCAGCAGGAGGAACAGCGGGAGCGGGAGAGGCAGCAACAACAGGCAGCAGCCAUGCAUUACAUGCAACAGCGCAUGCCAGGCCCACCCACGCCCUCGCCUGCCAUCAGCGCGCCAUCUCACUUCCAGUCACCCAUGCAGGUCCCUGUUGAAGUUCUAAAGGUGCAGACUCACCUCGAAAACCCCACGGACUACCACAUCCGGCAGUCUCAGCGGCAGCAGGUCAAAGAAUACCUGUCCACAACCUACGCCUCCAAGCAAGCAGUUCACGCUGUAGCAAACUUGGUGCAGCCCUCUCCACCCACCAUGGCCCAGUGUCAGACAGGAACCGUCCAACCUCCCCUACUGUCCCCUUGUAUGCGCACAGAGCAGCUCAUGACCUCUGCUGGAAACAGCGCACCCAACAGUCCCAUGGCAAUGCUCAACAUUGGCUCCAGUCAUGAGAAUGAGAUGGAUGAGGUUAUUGAUGACAUCAUCAGCCUGCAGUCCAGUUAUGAUGACAUCCAGGCUUAUAUUGACCCUGUGAUGCAGAUGCCAAAUACACUCCCACUAUCUAGCAGUCAUUUGGACGUGUACACGGGGCCAGGUAUGACCAGACCAGGAGUCGCCAUGGCCAGCAACUCUUGCCCUGCCAAUCUGGCCAUCAAGAGGGAGAUUUCAGCUACAGAUGCCCGUGUCAUGGCUAAAGAGAGACAGAAGAAAGACAACCACAACUUGAUUGAAAGGAGGAGAAGAUUUAAUAUUAAUGAUCGAAUUAAGGAGCUGGGAACCAUGAUCCCCAAAACCAAUGACUUGGAUGUGCGCUGGAAUAAAGGCACGAUUCUGAGAGCCUCUGUGGAGUAUAUUAAACGCAUGCAGAAGGACGCCCAGAGGACCCGAGAGGUGGAGAACAACUUCAAAAGGAUGGAGAUGGCAAACAAACAACUGUGGUUCCGCAUUCAGGAACUUGAGAGGCAGGCCCAAAUGCACGGGCUUCCCAACAGCUCUCCAUCUGGCCUGAACAACGUCGAGCUUCUAAACCCCUUCGUCAAGCAGGAAAACAGCCCAGAAGAGAACCAUCUCCAACAUCAGCCCCACCUCCCCCCUCACUACCCCCAGCAUCAAGGCCAGCCGCAGCCACGCCCCCACAACCAGCUCCAUCAGCACCAGCACCUCCACCCUCAGCCCCCACUGCAAUAUCCGGCUGUGGGCAGCUCUCAGCACUUUGACUAUGCCCAGUCACUGGACUUGUGUGACGGAGGCAUUCCUGGAUAUCAGGAUGCGAUGGGGGGCAUGGGGGAUCUCGGCUCGUUGGUAGGAGGCCUUGCAUCAAUGGGAAAGAAGAGCGAGCUGGGCUUCUUACUGAUGGAUGAAGCCCUGUCGCCUUUGGGAGGAGACCCACUGCUAUCCGCCAUGUCCCCCGAAGCGUCUGUGGACAGCAGCCGUCGUAGCAGCUUUAGCAUUGAGGAUUCAGACAUACUAUGAUCUGUACCGCAUAUACACACACAGAUCUCGCACAUAUCACAGUUAAAGGGACGGUUCACCAUUAAAAUGAACAUUCUGUCAUUAUUUACAUGCCCCCUUGUCAUUUCAAACCUUUAUGAAUUUCUUUCUUCUGCAGAACACAAAAGAAGAUAUUUUGAAAAAUGUUGGUAGCAGUAACUCGUUGGUCUCCAUUGACUUGCAUUGUUUUUGUGUCCAUACAAUAGAAGUCAAUGGGGACCAACAUUUUUCAAGAUAUCUUUUGUGUUUUGCAGAAGACAGAACAUCACACAGGUUUAAAAUGACAACAGAGUGAGUAAAUGAUGACAGAUUUUUCAUUUUGAAGGUGAACUAUCGCUUUAAAACGGAAGGGUACGAUAGAGAUGCACAAUGCCAUCUGCAAUACGGUUUAGGUACUUUUUUUCUGAUUUUGUUUGACACAUGAAAUUCAUGCUUUUAGUAUGAUUUAUAACUUUUACAAACAAACCCUGUUCGCAAAAAUCAGAAUAUGCACACAAUGAUACAUGCAAUAUAUACUGUAACUAAACAAACUGAAAUGCUCGAAUCCUGUCACUCAGAAAUGGCUUUUAUUGUACAAACGUCCAAACACAGAAAACUAGCCUGCUUCAGAUGAUUCCAAUUGAACAGUGUUUUGUAACUCCAAGAAAUGUAGCAUUUAAACCAUUGAAAUAAUUAUAUUCACCAAUCAUAACAAAUCAAACCACUCUCCCACGUUCUCUCUCUUGCACUCCUCUACUUUUUAGCUUUGACAUUUAUCACUCUUUCACUAGUGCACCUGUCACACUUGAUUUUAUUAUUAGUAGAUAGAAUGAUGGCAUUUUCAAAAGAUUUAUACCAUAACAUCUGAGCUGUUGAAACAGUUCCUCAGAUUUCCCACAAUCAUGAAAAUACAUUCUGGAAUUUUAAGAUUGUGUUUUCCAGGCCAGGAAACGAAAAACAUUUUAAAAAUGUUGUGAUUUGUUAAAAAACAAGUUAAUUGUUGUUCUUGGGUAUAGAGUAAGCCAUUAAAAUGCUUUAUUUCUGAGUGAAUUGGCUCCACAUGGAUCUGUCUAAUGAAUUGGUCCAACAACGUUAAAAACCCUCAUCCAGUAGUCACAAAGGACUAAGUUAAGGUCAUGGGAAAGUAAUGGAAAUUCUUUGGUCAAAAAAGUGCGAUCAUGGAAUCAUGUAAUAUUUUCGGUUAUUGACAUACUCGCCACCAAACAUUGAGGAACUCGCCAAAUACUGAAAAAUACCAAAAAUAACCUGCCAUAAUGCCUAAAGCAUUAGUUUAUUUUUGAUGUAGCAGCACUUGUGAUUGUUGAGGAUAAAACAUUGCUGGCAGGCUUUGUUUGUUUAACAGGCCAGACCAGGUGCUUGUGUGACAGUUGAGUCAGUAAACAGUGCAGAAUGCAACAUAAAUUUACUGCUUACACUUGUUGCAACACACUCCUAUAAGGUGCCUUAAAGCCAAGGCUGGAUUCUUCAAAAAGCACAAGGUGAAAUGUCCUCACAUGUUGGCAUGCCGUAAAAUAGAGCCAACAGCGAGUGGCAUUUGCCAAGCUCAAGUUUAAACAGCUCAAGGUGCCUUUCAGGGAACCUGGAUUAAUUUUCUGUUUAGUUUAUCCAGGUUUUUUGGCUUUUAAGCUGAACGGUAAAUGAAGUAAAAUAUGUAGAAAGGGUAUAUGUACUUAUAUGAGUUUUCUCUUUUUUUUUGUUCUUCCCAAAGCACUGGAAAAACCAAUUAUAAUUUUAUUGACAUUAUAAAGAUUUUAUGAAGUGAGUUUUAUUUCAAAUGUUUUAUGCCACUAAGCCACUUAAAUGUAUUGUAUCUGUCCUAUUUUUAUUUUUCUUCUGAAAAAUACUUAUCUCACUGCCGAGCCACUGAAAUAUACAAAUAUUUCAUCUGCCAUUCUAUUAUACAAAUGGCAAGUGCGGAGCCAUAUUAUAUAAAUAUAUAUAUUUAUAUAUAUAUAUAUUAUGUACAAAAUCGUUAAAACACAUCAGGGUUUUAAGAAAUUGAAAGAACUUGUAAAUGUUGUUUUUAUAUUGAUUUGAUUCCUUUUUUUUUUUUAAGAAAAACUGUUAUUUGAGGAAAACUUGAGUUAGCGAUUUAUUGUUUUCAUUAAAUUUGAAUUAAAACUUGGCGAAUGUGAAUUUUACUUAUUGUGUUAUAGGUUAAACUCAAGUUGGUUUGUAGUCUUUGUUAAACACGAGCUUUAAUAGAAGCCAAAAUCAUGUUCCAAAUGCAGUAUGAUUCUAACCAGCUCUCCCUCUGUUUUACUGCUUUAUUGUUUUAAAGGUACAGUUCAUGACCACUUAAAACCUCAUGAUGUAGCUUUAAAACUACAGGGGAGACACCAUCUGUGAUAGUGUGUUUUACACAUUAUUGUAAUUGCAGGGGUUUGUUGUUAUGACUAACCGCCUGCCCACUGCAGCAAUUAUGGAUCUGGUUACUGUAUGCAAAUCUUUGACUUGGUAAACUAAAAAAUGAAUAGAAAAAUAUAUGUAAAAAAAUCGACGCUUGGGCAUUUUUGGAUAGCGUAGCAAGGGGCUUCUAAUUUUGCUUGUGUGGUGUUUUUGUUUUUAGCCGUGCGCCGAGAAUGAGAAGGUUUGCCAUUAGGAAUGAAAAUAAAUCUCUUGAAGUGAAGGAGUAUGCUUUGGUAAAAUAUCUUGAUGAUUAAAAAACUUUGCCAUUUCAUUAUACAGCAUGCUGAAAGAUAAUACAAGCAGAAUGUGACUGUUUUUCUCAGAGAGUUUUUUACCAAAACUCUCUGAAGGCCGUGAGAAUGUUUCAUUACUGUGGAUGUGUCAUGUAUGUGGGAUUUGCUCUUUCAAAGAACUCUGGAUGAAAAUGACACCUCUCAUUAAACGUAUUUAAGUUAAUGCGA